CUUGGAAUUACUCUAUAUUUUAAGCACGCCAAUCCUGAUAAUAAAGUCUCUCUAUCACACUUUUCACUCUUCUCUUUCUGUCUAUCUCAGCGCCCUCUCUCUCUCUCUCUCUCUCUCUCCUUCUCUAUCUUCCCCUUUUCAGGAUUCAACUCCGAAACUAUCCAUGGCCAAUCGCUGGCUCAGACCCGAGGUGUAUCCGCUGUUCGCCGCUGUUGGUGCUGCUAUUGGGAUCUGUGGGUUUCAACUGGCUCGUAAUAUCUUGAUCAACCCUGAAGUCAGGGUGAACAAGGAGGGAAGGAAGGCCGGAGUGUUGGAGAACUUUGCCGAGGGAGAGAAGUAUACCGAGCAUUCCCUGAGGAAGUAUGUGCGCAACAGAUCUCCAGAGAUUAUGCCCUCCCUCAACAGCUUCUUUGCUGACCCAAGUCGCAACUAAGUUGCUUUGAAUAAACAAAGUUUAACGUGAGAUGUGAAUUCUAUUAUGUUAAAGACAGUUCUAUAUCAUGCAUUAGACAAAAAAAUGUGAUUGCUUUCUCUGGCCGUACAGUGAGUUUGCUGUGCUUGAGAAUAAUGAUAUUGGUUUCGAUGCAUUAAUGUUUGCUGUCCUUUUAUUGCCA